CAAAGUCAAAGUCAACGAAGUGAAUGGAAUUUAAUAUUCCAAAAACUUGCCGGGGAGGAGAAAAGAUCCAAUAAAUGCGGAACAAGGAGCCUGGCGAAGACUCCAUUAAGGAUGGGUGAAGUGAAGCUGUAUGGGAACUGGUCGAGUCCUUUCACUUACAGAGUCAUAUGGGCUUUAGCCAUCAAAGGCAUACCCUACGAAUACGUAGAAGAAGACCUCUCCAACAAAAGCCCUUUGCUCCUUCACUAUAAUCCCAUCCACAAGAAGGUCCCUGUCCUCGUCCAUGGCGGAAAACCCAUCUGUGAAUCCACUCUCAUCCUCGAAUACAUCGACGAGACAUGGCCGCAGAAUCCCCUGUUCCCUGCCGAUCCCCUCGACCGAGCCGCAGCUCGGUUUUGGAUUCGAUUCGCCGAGGAUAAGGGUCCGGCGACAUGGAGAAUGUUUUGUUCGGACGGGGAGGAACACUUGAAGGCGAAGCAGGAGAGCUUGGAGAUGCUGCAGAUCGUGGAAGAGAGAGGCAUUGGCGAGGGGAAGUUCUUCGGCGGAGAGACGAUCGGGAUAGUGGAUUUGGUGUACGGAAUAUUUGGAGAUUGGUUGGGAGUGAUUGAAGAGGUGAUCGGCGAGAAACUGGUGGAAGCCGAUUCAUUUCCUCGGCUGCACGCUUGGAUCAGAGCUUUCCUGGAAGCUCCGAUGAUUCGAGAGAACCGUCCCGAUCGAGAUCGGAUGGUCGUCACUUUCAAGGCCUUGAGAGAGCGGCUUCUAAAAUCGACAUCUCAGUAAUGGCGGCUGGCG